AUGGACCGAGAUAUCGCAGCAUUAUCGGGGACGAAGUUCGAAAACCAUAUCUAUCAAUCACAAGCCAUUGCUCUUGAAAUUGCAUAUCAAAACGCAAAGAUUCUAGUCCAUCGCCCUCUUCUGGCGUACAAACGAAUCCCAAAGAUCGGUCUUGCACCAAACCACUCCAUCGGGCCUUUAUACCAAACACUAGACCCAUGUCGAGAUGCUGCUCUCAGAAUAUCGGAGAUUGGCGCAUCGUCGAUCUUCUCGUUGGUAGCAGAUACACAUGCAGCCGCAUUCAUUGGCAUCAACACUCUCACCGCUGGCGUUACUCUUUGUAUAUUGGCUAGCAUUGAGCCAUUGUCACUCGAGUCCCACAGGUCAAAGAUAGAAUUGCAUCGAUUACUGGGUAUACAGCGGACUCUGGCCUCAAAGUCGCAACUGGCUGUCCAGGGACUGGCAAUUAUUGAGCAGCCGACAAAGUUGGUGGUGGAAAAAGAACUGAAACAGAUGCUUGCACAUAAUAACUUUGGAUCUACCCCAAGAGAAGAAGGGAGGCAAAGCCCAAGUGGAAAGAUACAAGCUUUAUCCGACUUUGACAGAGCGAUCUCUGGUCGCAUGUCGCCAGCAACCGAUGCAAUAGCUGAUGACACUGAGAGACAGCUCUUUCCUGAACUUUGGGACACAACCAAUAGAUUUGCGCAACAGCAGGCGUGGAUAUGGGGUGACUGCUCAUCAAUUUCUCCUGGCUUUGCGCAAUGUUGA